UCUCCCCCUCUCUUCUUCCUCCUCCACACGCCGACGACACACACUCCGGCCAUCGAUCGACCAUGGAGAUGGAGGGCGAGCCGCCGCAAUCGCACCAGCUGCUGCUGCAGGGCAUCAGCCUCGACCUGCGCCUCGAAACGGCCACGGCCACGGCCAAGCGCCAGCAGGGGCAGCGCGGCGCACGGCGUCCGGCAUCCCCUCCCCCUGCUGCUCCCGCGGCCUUCGACAACGCCGGCAGGGAGGCCUUCGCCUGCAACUACUGCCACCGCAAGUUCUUGAGCUCGCAGGCGCUCGGCGGCCACCAGAACGCGCACAAGCUGGAGCGCACCCUCGCCAAGCGCAGCCGCGACGUCCCCUCCGAAAUUACCGUCGCCACCACGACUGCUUCCUCUUCCACGGCCGCCCGCUGGCUCCACGCCGGCGGCGGGGAGCUCUGGGGUUACUCUGCUUCGGCCCCUGCUCCGGACUCCGCGAGGAUGGCGCCACUGAUGAGCAUGGGCAUGGGCUGGGCUGGCACUGGAAGCACCGCAGCGGCCGGCGGGGAGGCGGUGGCGGAGAUGGACCUGUCGCUCAAGCUCUGACGAGCUAGUUGAGCCAGCACUAGAUUCCAGAGGCAAUAUGUGCAGCAUGGAUAUGUCUAGCUUGUCAGCAAGUAGUACUACCAGUACCAGCAUGGAUUAUGUGUAACCUUAACUAGAUCACUGGAUAACAAAUCAGACAAAGCCCUCUGAAUUAGCAUGGUUUGUUGGUCUCAUUUACAUCAAUGGAUAUAUCUAUAUCUAUCUAAGAAACAACUAAUAUGCUACUACUCUCCCUCAAA